CACUGUUGAACCGCGUCCUUCUUACAAUGACUACCUCUAUCGAUGCAGCAGAUCUGUUUAGUGUCAAUGGCCUUGUCGCCGUGGUCACCGGUGGUGGAACAGGAAUCGGUCUCAUGUUAGCCAAAGCACUAGAAUCAAACGGCGCGACUGUCUACAUCAUUGGCCGAAGAGAAGAAGUGUUAAAGAAGGCAGCUGAAGAAGCUAAGCACGGCAACAUAAUCCCUCUACAAGGAGACGUAACAUCUCGCGAAGACCUCGAUCGUAUCGUCUCCAUCAUCGCCUUGAAGACCGGCUUUGUCAACGUCGUCAUCGCCAAUUCGGGAAUCAUCGGCCCAACCCCAAAAGGCCUUUCACCAAACCCCAAUAUCUCAGAAUUCCGCUCAUUCCUGUGGAAUUGGAAGGAAGAAGAGUUCACGCAGACAUAUGCGGUGAAUGACACCGCAGUUUUCUACACCGUGGUGGCCUUUCUUGAGCUUUUGGACGCCGGGAAUAAGAGAGGCAAUGUGUCGCAGAAGAGUCAGGUCAUUGCAACGAGUUCGAUUGGUGGAUUUAACCGCAUUCCGAUAACUGGGUAUGCGUAUGGGAGUAGUAAAGCCGCCGUGAAUCAUAUGAUGAAGCAAUUCGCUUCAAAUUUGGUGCCAUUCGACAUUCGGAGUAAUGUCAUUGCACCUGGGUUAUAUCCAUCAGAGAUGACAAAAGUUGCAUUUGCCGAACAACAAAAAAAUGAGAUCCCGAAAGAUUUCAUCCCAGCGCAAAGAGCGGGUACCAUCGAGGACAUGGCUGGUGCGAUCCUGUUUCUCGUGUCAAAAGCUGGAGCAUACAUUAACGGAAAUGUUCUCAUCACAGAUGGGGGAAGAUUAGGUAUUCUACCAGCUACAUAUUGACAUGGGGCGCUGAGCCGACGCGGGAGCGAAACCACCUGGGAGUCUCAAAUGUCCUCUCUCCACUGCCACUACCGCUCUUUCCUACUUCCACUUUCCCGUGCAUCUAUAUGACCGCUUUCCAAACUGCAAGCAUUUGUCUAUAACCAUCGAUAACGGGAUAAAAGCCAACGAUAAGAAGUGUGAUCCAAAGUCAGAUUGACCUACCACAAUCCACGCGAUGAAGAACUAUGAGCAGCAAUUGUUAGAGCAUAUUUUCAGUCAAAAGAGAAGACUAAUUAUGAGCUAGGAUCUACCCCUUUACGAAAGAUAUUGUUCAACGCGUACAUUGGCAACGGCCAGAGCACCUAAUGACCCCCAAACGUCGCAAGAGCCCAUACCGCCGCAAUUCUUCCCCAC